AUGGCGCCUUCGCAGUCCCUAGUCAACAAGCUCAAGGUGCAGCUCAAGCUGUCCAUAUCGCGAUUGCGCAUGGUGCAGCAGAAGGAUACAGCAAAGGCGAAACAGCAAAGACGCGAAAUGGCGCAGCUUUUAGAAAUCGGCAAGCUCCAGUCUGCACGGAUACGCGUUGAGAACAUCAUUCGCAGCGACAUUACCACCGAACUCCAUGAGAUCCUCGAACUCUACUGCGAACUCCUACUCGCACGCUCCCAGCUUCUCGAUCAGCCAACCCCCUCACACUCGUCGACACCCAUUCCGCUCGACUCUGCGCUCGAAGAAGCAGUACGAAGCAUAAUAUAUGCCGCGCCCCGUACCGAAAUCAAGGAACUGCACCAAGUACGAGCGUACCUCGUCGAGAAGUUUGGAAAAGAGGUAGCGGUGGCAGCUAUGGAGGGCGAGGGUGUAGCAGAGCGCGUCGCAAAGAAACUGGAGGCCAAGACACCCAGUGAAGAGCUGGUAGACGCAUAUCUGAGCGAAAUCGCACGGUUCUACGGUGUCCCAUUCGGGGCACCCAAGAGUUCUAACAACGAUGACGACGAUGAACCGAGUGGUGGCAUAGGAGAAGAGGCAGAUACAGAGAUUCCGCUGCCAGCUGAUGGAAGGAAAGACGACGAGCGGGAAGAAUUAGUCAAGGCGACACCGCCGAGGACUGUAGAGCCGCAGAGCCCGCUCAGGGUCGUACCGCCAAGUCCCAGUACAGAUAACAUUGCGCCGAAGCUGAAGCUGCCUGGUGCAGCAGCUGUAAAAGAGCAGAAACCCGCAGAGGAGAAGAAUCAACCCGCGAAGAAGGAUAGCGGGCCGGGAGGAAAGAUACCAGAUGUGGAUGAGCUAUCGAGGCGGUUUGCUGAGCUGAAGCGGUGA